AAUAGACAAAUUCACAAUUUUAUAGUUAGGCAGAUUUACAAUUAGAUACAAUUAGAUUUACAAUUUACAAUUAGAUUUACAAUUUUAAUAUCACCCUUUCAGUAAUUGCUAGAACAACUAAGACAAAAAUUUAUAAGAAUAUACAGAAUUUAAACAGCACUAUCAACCAGCUUAAUCUAAUAUUUAUAGAACACUAUAUUGUACAACUGCAGGAUACUCAUUCUUUUCAAAUACACGUGGAACAUUCACCAAGAUAGACCAAAAGCUGGUAUAUGAAACAAGUCCCAAUACAUUUCACAGAAAUGAGAACAUACAGAAUGUUUUAAAAGUCAAUAACAGAAACAUAUCGGGAAAAUUUCAAAUAUGUGAAAAUUAAAAACAAGCUACCAAAUAACCCUUUGAAUUAAAGAAAAGAUUAUAAGGGAAAUUAGAAAAUAUUUAAACUGAUGGAAAAUGAAAAGAAAAGGGGCGCCUGGGUGGCUCAGUCAGUUAAGCGUCCGACUUCUUCAGCUCAGGUCAUGAUCUCCUGGUUCGUGGGUUUGAGCCCUGCGUCGGGCUCUGUGCUGACAGCUCGGAGCCUGGAGCCUGCUUCAGAUUCUGUGUCUCCCUCUCUCUCUGCCCCUCCCCUGCUCACACUCUGUCUCUCUCUGUCUCUCAAAAAUAAAUAAAUGUAAAAAAAAAAUUUUUUUUUUUUUUUACAAAGAAAAAACCUAACAUACUCAAACUUGUUGGAUAUGGCUAAUGGAAGGCUUGGAGAGGAAUUUAUGUUUUUUUUUAAUUGUUUUUUUCAUGUUUAUUUAGUUUUGAGAGAGAGGGAGGGCAUGAGCGGGGAGGGGCAGAGAGAGAGGGAGACAGAGGAUAUGAAGCAGGAUAUGUUUCUGUGCUGACAGCAGAGAGCCUGAUGUGGGGCUUGAACUCACAAACCGUGAGAUCAUGACCUGAGCUGGAGUUAGAAGCUUAACCUACUGAGCCACCCAGAUGCCCCAGGAAUUAUGGUUUUAAACAAUCAUAUUAGAAAAAGAAAAAAGGUCUAAAAUCAAUUACUUAAACUUCCACCUUAAGAAGCUAGAAAAAGAAGAGCAAAUUAAACCCACAGUAAGUAGAAUGAAGGAAGCAGUCAAGUCAAAAGCAAAAAUCAGUGGACCAAAAAACAGAUAGUAGAGAAAUAUUAGCAAAACCAAAAGUUGAUCCUUUGAAAGAUUAAUAAAAUUGAUACUGUCUAGCAAGAUUGAUUAAGAAAAAGAAAGAAAAAUGCAAACUAUCAGUAGAGGAAUGGAGAGAGGACAUCUCUACAGAUAUUAAAAUAUUAAAAUGAUAAUAAGGAAGUUUUAUGAACAAUUUAUGCUAAUAGAUUCAACAAAUUCUUUGAAAAAUACAACUGUAUCAAAUCUGUUGCAAGAUGAAAUAGAAAACCAAAAUAGUUCUCUAUGUUUUAAAUAAAUUGAAUUUAUAACUAAAAACCUUCCCACUAAUAGAACUUCAUACUUAGAUGACUUUCUUGGUGAAUUCUAUCAAAUAUUUAAUUCAGAAAUAAUACCAGUCUCACACAAGUUCUUUGAGAAAAUAGAAGAGAACACUUCCAUUUUGUUUUUUGAAGUCAUCCAUCAUAAUCCUGUCUCCAACCUUGACAAAGGUAUAUAAGAAAAGAACAUUAGAAACCAAUAUUCCUCAAAACAGAAUAAAAGAUAGAAAUUAUUUGAUCAUCUCAAUAGAUGGAGACAAAGAAUUUUACAAAAUUCAAUGUCCAUUCAUGACCACAAAAUAAAACAAAACAACAACUGUUAGGAAACUAAAAAUAGAAGAGAUUUUCUCAACCUGAUAAAGGGCAUCUUGUAUACGCCUAAAGAUAAAUACCAUACUUACUGGAAAAUUUUCCCCUGAGAACAGGACCAAGCCAGGAUGUUCUCUUUCAUCAUUUAUGUUCAUCAUUGUCCCAGAGGUUCAAGCCACUAUAGCAAUGCAAGAAACAGAAAUUAAGAAAAAUUGAAAGGUAAAAAGAUUGGAAAGAAAAAAAUGCAAUUUUUAAUUCACAGAUCAGUUUGUGUAUAUAGAAAAUCUGAAGAUGUGUACAAAAUGUCUCACUAGAUCCGGUCAUUUAGAAGUAGUUUAGUAGCAGGAGACAAAGUCAAUGUAUUUCUAUAUAAAAGCAGCAAUUGGAAAAUAAAGAAAAAAUGCCAUUCCAAUAGCAUCAAAAACCAAAAUACACUUAGUAUUAAAUUUAACAAAAUGUGUGCAUGAUAUCUAUACCAAAAACUACAAAACAUUUCUGAAAGAAACCAAAGUCGUAAGUAGACAGAGAAAUAUACUAUGCAUAUGGACUGUAAGACUCAAAUUUCAAUUCUCCCCAAAUUGGCUGUCAGCGGGUUUUUGGCACUUACAUGGAAACUCAAAUGAAAAUUAUGAAGUAAUCAUGAAAAAGGGAAAGCAAGAGGACUCACAUUACCUAAUUUUACUAUAAAGUUAUAGUAACCAUAAGAGUUGGUAUUAACAUAAAGAUAGACACAUAUGUCAAUGAAAUAGAAUAAAUAGUCCAGAAGUAAACUAAAAUUCACAUGGUUGAUUAUGAAAAAGGCACGAAAGCAAUUCAAUGGAGAGAGAAAAGUCUUUUCAACAAAUUGUGUUGGGGGACUGAAUAUCUAUAUGUGGGAAGAAGGAAUCCUGACCUGUAUCUCACACCAAACACAGUAAUUAAUUUGAAAUAAAUCAUAGACUUUAAACUAUAAGCAGGGGUGAUAAAAAAAAAUUUUGGAGAGGACACAAAAACCGAAAAUCAUAAAACAAAAAUUUGCUGUAUUGGACUUCAUAAAAAACAAAAAAACAGAAACACCCUUCUGCUUGUUAGAAGACACUAUUUAGAGAAUGAAUAGGCAAGCCACACAGUGUUUUGUAGUAUAUAUAUUUGACAAAGGAAUUGUAUCCAAAACACAUUAAGAACUUCUACAGUUCAAUACUAAAAAAAAGGCAAACAUAAUAAAUAUUAAUAAUAUUCAGGGAAAGGACUUGAACAGGCACUUUAAACAGAAGAUACAUGAAUGGCCAAUAUACACAUAAAGAGGCGUUCAAUGUCUUUACUCAUCUAGGAAAUGCAAAUUAAAUUCUACCAGGUUGGAAUGGCGAAAAUGAACGACCGCGCCAGCAUCCCUGGGAAAUUGCUCAGCAUUUCCUUAUAAAGUUAAACCGAAACCUAGCGUGUGACCCAACAAUCCCACUUCCAGGGGUUUACUCCAGAAAAUGAAAACAUAUGUCUGCAAAAGACUUGUACAUGAAUGUUCUUAGCAGAUUGAUUCAAAAUUGCUGAAAAUUGGAAACACUCCAAAAGGCUAUCAACAGGUAAAUGGAUUAACAGACUGUGGUAUAGUCAUCUGGUGGGAUACUACUUAGCUGUAAAAAUAAACCUACAGUAUAUGUAAAAAUAGGUUUAUGAACUAAUAAAGCCAGCUGCAAAAGAGCACAAAUUAUAUGAUUCCAGUUUGCGAAGUUCAAGAACAGAGAAAACUAAUUUUUGGUGAUAGCAAUCAGAACAGUGGUUGCCUUUGAAGGAGGGGUGUUGACUGGAAGGAGGCGUAAAGGAACUUUCUAGGGUGAUAAAAAUAAUCUCUAUUGUGAUUAGGGUGUGGGUUACAUUAGCAUAUAUACAUUUAUCAAAACUCAUUUAGCUGUACCCGUAAGACCUGUGCAUUUCACUGUGUAUAAAUUAUACUUCAAUUAAAACAAAUGUUUUUAAUUUGGAAAAUAUAAAUUUAAAUGGAAAGCUUCAUUUGCACAAAUUAGCCUGGGAAUAAAAAAAAUAUAUAGUAAUAUUACAAGAAGGGCUAUCAGAGUUUCAUCUUCCCAGAGGAUGUAGGACAAAAAAUGCCUUUCAAUGAUAGCAAAGACUUCUACAGAAAAUCAUAUCUGACUUAACACACAACCAGAGCUGAUAAGAUAAAAAGGCAGUAUUUCCCCUAAUUGAAAGGUUGCUGUAUACCUCUUGUACUGGAUGAAUAGUGUCCAUCUGGAACCCCAGAAUGUGUCUUUAUUUGGAAAUACAAUCUUUGUAGAUGUAACUAGUUAACAUGAAGUCAUAAUGGAUUAGGGUGGGCCCUAAGUCCAAUGACUACUGUCAUUAUAAGGAGGUCAUGUGGAGAUACAAAGACACCAAAGAGGGAUAAAGGCCAGGUGACGAUGGAGGAGGAGUUUGGGGUGAUGUUGGACUACUAGCCAAGAAUGGCAAGGAUUUCUGUCAACCACCAGAACCACCAGAAUAGAAAGAUGCAUGAAACAGAUUCUCAGAUUCUCCUUCAUGGCCCCAAGAAGGAAUCAACCUUGCUUGAAACUUUGAUCUCAGACUUCUAGACUCUUCGCUUGUGAGAGAAUAAAUUUUUGUUGUUUUAAUCCACCACAUUUGUGGUGAUUUGUUACAGUAGCACUAGGAGGCUAAUACACUACUCACACCUCUUCUGCCUGUGAGCGAUUGGUCACUUCCUUCUGUAAGACUGGCACCAGCAGACAUGCAGUCUCAGAGGAUCCCGGGGAGAAAGCGAGGCCGACCCCCACUGCACUCAACACCUAUGAAGAUGGCAGUGCAUAACCUUUAUUCUGCUUCAGCUGGCUCUUUGCCAGCAGCGAAGAUCCCAAAGAAAAGAGGGCGGAAGCCUGGGUACAAGCUCAAGUCUCGGGUUCUUAUGACUCCUUUAGCCCUCUCGCCUCCACGGAGCACACCGGAGCCCGACCUCAGCUCCAUCCCUCAGGAUGCAGCCACCAUACCCAGCUUGGCCGCCCCACAGGCUCUCACAGUCUGCCUCUACAUCAACAAGCAAGCCAACGCAGGGCCAUACCUGGAGAGGAGGAAGGUGCAGCAGCUCCCUGAGCACUUCGGGCCCGAGAGGCCGUCGGCAGUCUUGCAGCAGGCCGUGCAAGCGUGCAUUGACUGUGCCCACCAGCAGAAGCUUGUCUUCUCCCUGGUCAAACAAGGCUAUGGUGGUGAGAUGGUAUCAGUGUCGGCAUCCUUCGAUGGGAAACAGCACCUGCGGAGCCUGCCUGUGGUGAAUAGCAUCGGGUACGUCCUCCGUUUCCUCGCCAAGCUGUGCCGAAGCCUUCUGUGUGAUGACCUCUUCAGCCACCAGCCCUUCCCCAGGGGCUCCAGUGGCUCUGAGGAAACCCAGGAGAAGAAGGAAGGCAGAAUGGAGUCAGCAAAAACAGUCACCACUGAGGAGUGCCUGGCGAACCCUGUGGGCAUGAACCGCUACAGCAUGGACCCCUCCGCCUCCACCUUUAGCCACAGGGGCUCCUUGCCCACCUCUUCCUCGCUGUACUGCAAGAGACAGAACUCUGGAGAUGGCCACCUUGAGGGAGUCUUGGCCACCACUGCCAGUGGUCCCCGCUCCAGCCCCAUGUCCUCUGGAGGCCCCUUGACACCUGGGCUGAGGCCCCCAGGCUCCAGCCCCAAGAGAAACAGGACCCCUCUUGAAGGAAACAGAUGUGCCUCAAGCCCUUCCCCAGACGGACAGGAUGCCAGGCGGCCCCGGAGCAGGAACCCCUCCACCUGGACCGUGGAGGAUGUGGUCUGGUUUGUGAAAGACGCUGACCCGCAGGCUCUGGGGCCUCACGUGGAACUCUUUAGAAAGCACGAGAUUGAUGGCAAUGCUCUCUUGUUGCUGAAGAGUGAUAUGAUCAUGAAAUACUUGGGUCUGAAGCUGGGCCCCGCACUGAAACUGUGCUACCAUAUUGAUAAACUGAAGCAAGCCAAAUUCUGAAGGUUUUUAAAAGAUAGAAGCAAUGUCCAGACAACAGAUCUCAAGAUCAUCUUCUGCCUUACCAACAUCCAGCCACCAUCAUAAAAUGGAUUCUCUUCUUAAAAUUAACAGCCACAAAGACUUGGCCUUUAAAAAAAAAAAAAAUCGUGCAUCUCUGCCUUUAAAAACAAAAAAUUCAACAUGACCCUUUUGAAAGGCUCCUCUGUGUUAAUGAUUUGCCAAAAAUUAUGGAAAAGCCUGUUAUUUUAACGUUCCUGAUAGGCUGGUUGCUCUUAGAGUGGGUCCUAUUUUUAUGAUGAGAGAGCAGGGAACUGAAUGCUAUUGCCCAAGAAGAACCCUGAAGCGUUCUCACAAAGAUGUGAGAAGAAAGACCUCUGUCUCCACCACAGCACCACCUGUCUUUAACUCUGCCCUGGGGACCUAUCAUUGUGAGCCUUGCUUAAUUCAGCUCUGGAAGCUGUCUUAUGAGGGGAAAAUGCCUCACUUUGCACUAUCUGGAAAACUUGAAUUCUUUUGCCCUCUGACAGAGAAGAAAAAAGUCUUUUCUAUUCCUAGUUAUUUGAAACACUGUGUUGUCCCACUAGAGGGCAGACUGUUAAUGAAGUUUCAGGACCCUCACUGCAGUAGCCUGCUGAUCCGGUACUCCGUGGAUGGGUUAGGGUCUCUGUGAACAAGAUCUAGCCUACACAGACACGGGGAAUUUCUUCCACAGUCAGCACCACAGAUUGCAACUUGGGAAGAAACCGUCUCUUAGAGCAUUCUAGUUCAUACCCAGUCAUUAUUGAUGGACUGAGAUGCACAAGCAGCAAAGGCAAAAAUCUGGAAGUAUGUUCUUCCCAGAUGGGGCUUUGGAGUCCCUUCCUUUUCAGAGUCCUUACUGAGGUGUUGAUGUGUUGGCACGCCGAAGAGUCUUAGUGACAUUUAGCCAUGGGUGUUUCUUUAAAAAAGAAGAAGAAAAAUGUCUCAGAUAAGCUUUGAAAUGGAAGAGUGUUGAUUUCUAGUUACAUUGCUGGAUUACGUAGUUGUAUCGCUAGCUAAUUUUUCUAGUUCUCAACAAAUACACAGACAUGCUAUUAUUGGGUUUAAUUCAAUUUACAAAUAGGUUUUCUCCUUCCUCACCGUGAAGUAAUAGAAAAAAAAUUGAUUUUUUACCCCUUUGCAGCUGUGUCCAAGGAAGGACGAUGAAACCACAAUUGAAUAGGCAGGAAGGUGACCUCAUCUCCAUUCCUUUUAUCCUUCUCCUUUCUUUUUGUCCCUCUUUCUUUUAUUCUUCCUUCCUCACUGAACAGGAAGCGUAUCUUCAAACUGAAUUCACCUUCGCCACGGGCAUAUCCUCUUAAAACAUCUAUAGCGUUGGAGGUGAGGAGAUGAAUGCUAGACUUUGCAAUCUCUGGGAGGGAGAGGAUCAAGGAAAACUCAGGGCCUCCCAUGGCCAAAAUGCAAGUUAGGGAAAGCAUACCUUCCUCUGGGAUGCAGCCAGCAGAGCAGAGCAGGGGUCUCACCUGAUGGCUGGAGCAGGGUGGGAUUUCAGCCCCUCAUCCUUCAACCAGGUGCCCUGGUGCAGGACAGGGGCUGUACGACCUUGAGGGCAGCCAGGGUAGAUCUGAAUGCUGAUCUUCUCUUCGAUCAGGUAGAACUUAGAUGAAGAUCCUAAGGAAGAUUCCAUGCCAUGCCGUUAGACCCAUUUUGAUGAGCGAUAAUCGAGAAAGCCCAUCAUAGCAAAAUCCUUUCUUAGACACACACCUGGUGGCUGGACUGAAAGCAUGGCAGAGAAGGGGAGGAGGAGACCGUCCUAAACCUGGCCCCUGAAUUGAGCUGGAGUCAUCAGGUUGUGGGAGAGCUUCAUGUCUGCUUUCAGACAUGCUGCUUUCAGCACCUGACAAAGCUACCCCGGUGUCAUCAGGCCUUGGGACAGAGUCUUCCAACAUCUUAGAUAAAAUGACUCUGUCCCUCAGAGUUUAAGUGCUCAUGGCUGGUCUGGAGCUAGAUAAGUUCCCUCAAAAGCCAACGUGAAAAUGGUGAGGCCCAGAAAACCCCACCACAACUCACCCACCCUUUCUGCAUCCGCGGGUUUCCACUCACAUUCCUCUCUCAGACCUGUCGCGUCUCUUCUGCCAACACAUACCUUGUUGAGAGACUUUCAAAGCUUCCUACCCACCCUCACCAGUGCCUCCCUCACUACAAAAGCAGGAGCAUUGGUGCCCCCAAAUUAAAAUCAUCCCCAAACAAUGUCAAAGAGAUACUGUGAGUAGUUUUCGGGGGAGAGAGAUUUUCUCCUCUCAAGUCUAGGAGAAAACUGGAUCCAUGUUCACGUGUAACUGCUCUCACGGAGGUGCGAUCUCAUUUUGCAUUAAACUUUAAGCAGGACAGAUUGCUGAAGCCAUGAUAUUUAAGGUUUGACUUUUUAAAAAUCUCAUUACUCUUAAAAUGAAUGCUGCCAUAUCAGAAAAUAACCCAGGGAGGAAAUUCCUCCUUGCCUGUUUUUGCACUGAAAUGCAAUUAGCCAACCAAAUUAUUGUAGCAAUACUGCAAUUAUAAUUAAUUUUCACCCCUUUCAAAAAUCUUGUCAGACCAGGCAGCUAAAUAGCUCAGCAAAUGUAAAACAUGCCAGGCCAUUUCCUCUAAAUGGACCUUAAAGAGUCAGGCCAUGUGUGUCAUUCUCGUCCAAACGCGAGCUUAUUUUGGGAACCUCACACUUGUUAUUCCAUGGCAGUAGCUUUGCUUCAGGUUGCGGUGAAUAAUGAUAUAGUUUUGCAUAAUUCCAAAUUAGAGUGGGUGAGUGUGUGUGUGCGUGUCCAGACAUUUCCAAUCACCUGUGUCAAACAUUUUUUUAAAAAAAUCUAAAGACAAUUCUAUUGCCUAAAUCAUUUUAAGUAUUUUAUAAGUGCAUGAUUCCCUUUGUGAAGACUUCAAGUAAAAAGAUGUAGGGUGUGUGUGUGUGUGUGUGUGUGUGUGUGUUCUAACAGUAGUUGGAGGAGCCUAGAAGAGGCCGAGAGCGGAUCAGUUUUACAGUUGCUUGGUUUAGAAUGCCUCCCAGCUGCAACUUGGAGCAGAACCCACUCUAGACUGUUAUGACCAGCUAUCCCCUCUGCUGCCAACAGGGUGCGCCCUGGAGGCAGUUGGGGGACGGUUCUGGGGUUCUGGGCCUGCAUCCCUCAGGCUGGCUGGAAGGGUCAAGCCAGCCCAGGGCCCCUGUGACUGAGGCAGAGACCUAGCCAGGCAGCCCGUGGGGCAGGGAACAGACAGACGUCUUGAGCGCCUUGUUUAGUUCCCACCAGAGCGUUCACCGGGCUCCCAUCAUUUCUCUUCAGCGGGGCUGCCAAGGUUUUUUCCUUUCAUCAGGAAAAAGGAAUGAAGAACUCCUCAGGAGAACCAAAUGGGAGGAAUCCUGAGCGAAGGUUGGUUUACUUCAGGAGGAAACCAGUGAGAGAGGGAAGAUACAACUAUAAAUUUCAUAGGAAAACAAUAAAAGAGCACCUCUUCUAACAGCCUCAACCUUUGAAGCAGCAAUAACCUAUUUUUGUAUUUAUGUGCUGUAUGGAAUAUUUUUUUUUAAUUAAAAUCAUUUUUUAAAUUAUUUUUUGAGAUUGCUUUAGGAGAAUUUUGUCGUAACUCUGAAGAUAAUUGGAAACUCCCAGCAGUGACCAAGGACUUGAAUUUAGUCAUUGGCAGAAAGUCGGGAAAGAUGGAAAUAUUCCCCUUGAUGUCUCCAUAGUCAGGUUUUCAUACAUGUGAGCAGGUGAAUGCCAGUGUUUGCUCUCACAGGGCACUUUUUCAACUCUUCCCUGGUGGGGUUACAGGAUGAAGAGAUUGGACUCACCUUUCUUUUUUUAAACCUCAGAUAAGAAGACAUCGGGUUGUGAGGGAGGAGGUGACCUUUUUAAAGCUGCAAUAUUUUGUUAAGGAGAGGGGUGAAAACCUGUUGGUGGAUGUGGUUUAUUUUGUACCAUAAACACACUCCACGAACUGAGUAGUUGCCCAGCUGUGCUGUUGUCUCACCAUGUCUUAUAUUCCUGGUGGCAUGAGAGGGCCGCCUGGGGACCCCAGAAGUGAAUCCAGAAGUCUAGAGAUGCAGUCAUUCCUCUUUCCAUCCUUCUAUGUCACCCCGGGGACGACGCCCCGCUUCGCUCACACGGCCCUUGAGCUUCCAGCCCAACUGCUGGUCGUGCUGUUGUGCUGUCGAGGGAAGUUCCAGGGAGUCCUUCCCCCCCAGUGGUUACCCUAAUCGAAGACGAUUCCUUCCUGGACAAUUGGAAGCUGGAUUGUUGAAAAUCUAACCUUGACUUGAAAGAGAAUCUCUGUUAUUUAUGGCCACCAGUUAAAUAUUAUGGAAACAUGUCUGCUAACAAUUUGCUUUGUGUAAUUUGUUCUAAUGCUAAUAAGUCACAGCUGGGAUACUUCCUGUGGUAAAUUCCUCUGUGGUUACAGUGGUAUUAUCACACACGGACUUCACCAAAACACUGUGCUUAAGAAGAACCGUUCACCCUGGCUCUCGCAGGCUUCAGGAAAUUCCCCUAACGGGGACGCAGCUCUGGGCAAAAGCACAGCGUUUAGAAAAGGAUUUGCUCUUCCUCGCUCCCUCUCUUUCACAAGCGGGGGCCCCAGACCCAUACAGAAGCCCCUCACACUUAGCACUGAGUUUGAGUUCCUCCAGAGGAAGAGAUGGAAAGCAGAACUUAGGAAUGACAGCUCCCUCCAGGUUAGGAGGCUGUACCCGGAGUCCAUAUUAAGAGGAGGUGGGCAGGAGAGAGGAGUGGAGACACUUCCAAAGGUGAAGAGCUAGUUCAGCAGUCGAUCAAAUAAUGAGGUCAGAUACUUGUGGAGACAACAGCGUCUUUCCGUCCAAACAGUCUAAGUAGACCAUUCAGACUUGCUCCGGGCUGCUGGCCCAUCAUGCUCUGCUCUGUCGCUCUACCAUGUGACCUGAGCCUCGGAGUUGGUUCUGUGCAUUGGCGCUUCAUACAAAAGGCCGACACAGGCGUCUUCCCUUAGAUCCUACUUUGGAACACGCCCAGAGCCUUGUGUUUCCCAACAGCUCACUCUGAAAUAGCGGGCCCUGAUGGGGUGUCACUUCACAGUCAACCUGGGUGACCGGAGACCGCCUCCAUCAUAAAUGUAGCACCCCCACAUCUCAGGAAGGCUCUGCCUUCCCCACCCAGCACUGGACCGCCUUCCCCCACAGCCCUGAGAAAUGGCUGUGCCUGACGACGUCCCAUUACGGGGAGUUCACUCCCAUAGGAAGUGGCUUAUUUCUCUGUUGGACAGCUCUGGUUGUGAAAAAGUUCUUUCUCAGGGAGACACAGAUGUCUGCGAAUCAGACACAGACGUCUGAGAUGAAGCCAACUCUGCAAUCUUUCUCUUUUUAACAGAGCUUGUCCGUGCAGUAACCGCACCUAUAAUACAAAUCGAUGUUGGCGAGCAGAUGCCCGCUCUGUUACAUUAGAAUAGAGGAGCAGACGCUUUAUAUAAACGUAGAACUUAGUUAGGUCGUGGCCAUCAGAUUCAUCAGCCCUGUCGUGAAAACCUAGCAAAAUUCCUGUGGCCACACACACACACACACACACACAAAGGGUGUCCUGGGAGAAUCUUCAGUGUCGUCGUAAAUCUGGCUGUGGUCACACAAGCAAUAUGAGUUACAUAAGCUUGUGUGAAUGAAUCUAUAAGGCCGUGUGCUUCGUUAACUGGGGAAAAAAUGCUGUGAGGCACCAAGAGCCUAGCUCUUAAUUGUACUCAUUAGUGAUAUAAUGAACUAAGGAAGCUUUAGUUUAGAGAAAAACAAGUUAUAAUUGAUGACAGAAAAGUAAACAUGGUCUGUCGUGAAGGUCUGAAGAGUUAUGCAGUUAUAACCCCAAACCCAAGUUACAUUUCAUGCUUGUGUGUGCAUGCGUGAGUGACUGUGCAUUUGUGAGUUAAUGCAACAGGAAGUGGGAAGUGGGAAUUGAGGGGAUGUUUAAGGAGGCAUUGAAGAGGGAGGUUUUGCUUUCUAGAGCAUUCUAUCUUAAUCAGAAGAACUAUCUAGCAAUGAUUUAGAUAUCAGACCCCAAACUAAACAUAACACAUGGUUUAUGUAGCUUACUUAGAUAAAAUUCUGGCUCAUGGAGCAGAUUCUCUAUGAAAAUAUUUUUUUGUAUUUUUAAGUUUUUAAAUUUUUUAAAUGUUUAUAUUUGAGAGAGAGAGAGAGAGAGAGAGAGAGAGAGAGAGAGAGAGAGAGAACCAGCAAGAGAGGGACAGAGAGAGACACAGAAUCCAAAGCAGGUUCCAGGCUCUGAGCUGUCAGCACAGAGCCUAAUGUGGGGCUCGAACUCACAAGCUGUGGGAUCAUGACCUGAGUCAAAGUCAGAUGCUUAACUGACUGAGCCACCCAGGUGCCCCUCUACGAAAAUAUUUAAAUCUUGGUGCUUGGAAAAAGGAACUAUCUAGCACCUUGCAUAGCACUUGCCGUAUAAAAGACACCUUGUUAAUGAACCGUGUGAACCAAUGCUUGACGGGUUUUCACAUUUUUGUUGAAAAACCACUAACUUCUUUUUGAACCCCGUUAUCUUUAUUGAAAGGAGAAUUGCCAAAGCGGAGCCUGACACUUUUUAUUCCUGGCUCUCCCAACCUCCCCAGUCACCGACUUGCAGCUUUUUGUCUUACGAUCUCACAUUCCCGCUUGGCCUAGUGGUCUCCUGCAGGCAUUAGAGAGUCGUACUUACAGCUUUACUUUUAAGCAUCAUGUCCUUCUCCUUUGCAAUCUGUGAUGCCUCGCACAAAUGCACCGGGUUUCCAUCUGCAGGUAAAAUGUACAGGGAGGUAAGCAUCUCUCGGGGAGGGCCACAGAGCUCUUUCCAUGACCCCCACACUCCUUGUACCUUGCUCCCCUCAGAGUGGGCAGGUAGCUGAACUGGGCCUCCCGCAUGAGGCACUCUGUCACGGGUAUGUCACAGAGGUAAGCCUCUUUGAGAAGACACAGCCUGCAGGACAUGGAUAGAAGAGAACCUUCCCUGUCCUCUUUCAUUCUUUACCAUCUCUGUCCUCGAGAACAGACUCAGAAAUAUCUGGGGCUUCUCUUUCUUCCCAAAUGGUUCCAUAGGAGCACCGAGAAUAGAAUCAUGAGACCGAUUUUUUUUUUCAUAAGCACCUCAAAAUUUAGUUUCACCUUCAAAGAAAUCAUCUUUAAGAGCCUGGGCACGUGUUCCUAGAAUGUUGUCAUUACUCAGGGUAUUUUUAGUACAUCUCUUCUGGAAUCAUGUUUAGAAGCUAGAACACAUUCUUUCAAACUGUAGUUGGAAGUGCACUGUCGUCCCUUGGUGGGGGUGGAUGUUUUUUUUUCUUUUUGGAGCAAGUCAAAGCCACUGGGAUGUUGCCUGGUGAAUGACACAGGUAAUCCAUUUGAAAUUUAAAACGGUGCGUCUCCGUUCUCAUUAGUUUGUCUUUUCCUUGUAUGUUUCCUUAGUUGAUCCAAAAGCUUAGAGCAAUAAGAGCCACAAUUCAUUUCCUAACCAUAUCAGGCGGGUGUUGGUGUAAGGAGUUGCAACGCGUAGACCGCUUUGAAGGGCGACAUUGCCGGAUGUGUAACACCCACCGCGUUCAUUUUAAAGUAAUCUUAUCGCUGUAUCUUUAGGCAUGGUGAGCUGAUGCUGUGAGUGCAUGCAAAUGUGCAGACCCUGCUCUUGUCUCUAGAGCCCCAAUCCCAGAGGAAUUGGGAGGAAGAAGCAUGAGGGACACCUGAACAGCUCACCUCCAGUGUAGAACCCUCUCCACAUCAUCUCCCAUGGGCCCCACAGCACUCUGUGGGGGCAGAUCAAGGGGCAGUGCAAAAGAAACAAGCUCUCUGAGUUAUCAACCCCAUACCCCCACCUCCUCCGCCGGGAGAGGAGGGGGCAUCCAGGUGAGCUUUGCAGGUGCUGACGGUAGUUACUCUCAGCGAAGCCCAGUGGGGCUGUAGUCUCCUCACUCUUGUAUUUUAUGACUUGUAGCUUCUGCUUCUCCCCCUGUCUGACUUCAUCCAGAUAUUUUCUUAUCCUCUUCUCUCACAGGCAUGUAACUCUUCUUUGAAGCCACAUAGACAUCAUUUUCUCAUUAGUUUCUACCCUUUUUUCUUCCUUUCUGUCUCUUCCUUUUUCUCUUUCCUUCUUUCUCUUUUCUCUUUCCCUCCUUCCUUCCUUCCCUCCCUUCCUCCCUCUCUCUCUCCCUUCCUUCCUUCCUUCCUUCCUUCUUUCCUUCCUAUCUCUGUGUUUCUUCAUUUCCCCCUUUCUGUAUUUCUCCAUUCCACUACAUCAAAUGUUUUUUGGGCAGGAGAGGUGGGUGGAGAGAGAAAUAAAGAAUUAACAGGUGGCCUCCUCACUUGCUGGCCCAGUAGUCCUGAUCCUUGCCUGCCUUCCACUAUCCCCUCACCACCUGCCUACAGCAUUCUUUGGCUCUAUCAUGCUUCCAGCCUGAUCUCCACUUGCUCUUUCCAUUACUCAAGGUCUAGCCCUCUCAGUCUGUCCUUGAGUUUGGGAAUAAGAAUUCUGUCCCUUUUAUUUUUAGUCCUAUCCAUUUUAAAUGCUUCAUUCUGUGACUCACCCUGACAUCUCACUGAUACAACUCAUCAACCUUCCUCAAGCACAGGCCCAAAUGCUCAUCCCCGUAGGGAUUUCUCUUCAUUCAGUCCUGAAGGUCAAGAGCCCAGGUGACCUGGAGACAAUCUGACAUACCUCUUGAGAAGCAUGAGUUGUUUCUCACAGCCACGCUGCCUCCUACAAUCUGCCUCGAGUCACUCCGACAUCCAGUAGCAAUUCUGAUCAUUCCACAGUUCUUUAUAGAACGUGUAGCUUUGUCCAGACCCACUUAACCCUGACUGCACCCCCUGUGACCAAAGCCAGGCCAGUGUCUCAGUUUAAAUGAGGAGGGCCAGCCCGGAUCAAAGAUGAGGCAUGAUGAGCUAUGUCAGAAGCAUUUCUGGGGUGAAGUUUUGUUUUUAGACAUUUACAAGUGUGAUGAGAAGGUGUGCAGUAUGAAGUCUGGGAAGGGAAAGAUGAUGAUAUGUUUCUGAAAGGAAAAUGUAGUUUAGAGGAGAGAGAAAGGCAGCAAAAUUCUGGAAAGGGGAUGUUCUAUGCCUGGCCUUUAUCCAGCAUAGUCACAUACCCUUCUUACUAGAAGUCAAACUUGUUUCCACUACAGGAUCUGAAAAUGUUGCUGCCUAAGUGUGAGAAUUUGGAGAACUUUAAUUUCUGUUAUUCAAAACCACUGUAUUCAAAACCACAAUAUUUAAUUUGUUGUCAUCUUCUAGCUAUAUCUUUGAUCACUUGAUAUAGUCAAAGAAAAUGAGCUCCUCUCCUCUCAUUCUCCAGAAAUGUUGAAAGAUCAGUUGCUUUAUACAGCAAAUAUUUCCAUUUUAUAGACAUCGGUUGAUUAUUUUCUCUCCUGUAUAUACCUAGAAAUAAUUUUAUUAAUAUAAAGACUUUUUCCUUUAAGUACAUUUGUAGAUAAAUUUACUUUUGAUUCUAUACGCAUGCAAUAAAAUGCAAUAAAAAUGGAUGAAGCAACAUCAUUUCAUUAUAAUUACCUUCUGUUGCCAUUUUUUCCUCUACACUAACAGUGAAAACUUUUUGUUAAUUAAGUGCCGUUGUAAUAUCACAAAGCAUCACUGGGCCAGAAGGUUUGUGUUUUACUAGCCAGGCUAGGCUGUAACUAUCUGACAAGGCUCUUGCUAAAAUACCGAGGGCACCUGAGUAAGUGGAAAUCCAUGUUCUCUAAGCUUGCAAGAUUGAAUGAUGAUGAUUGAAAUGUUAUGCCUUUUGUUUUGUAAGUUGAGGAGUUCAUUGCCAGAUUCUUUCAACCCAGCCUCAGUUAAUCUCAUGUUUCCACCUCUUUAUUCUGCUUCUCUACUCCAAUAUGCCCACGCAGGAGGCGUUCUGAUCUCUCUCUGUCUGGGAAGGUGACAGCCGAAUCCUCUCCCUGGUAAAGUUCCUGUCCUUAACCGUGCCCUGCAUGAAAAAGCCAGAAACCAAAGGCACAAAUAGGUCAUCUCCCUGUCUCGGUAAGAGGAAAAUAGGGCUGACCGCAUUGCCUUUUCCCUAACUGGAUGGUCUUCCUCCCUUCUAAAGAUUGAAAAGGGUGUAUGUAUGCACAUUCAUGCGUGUAUUUAUGAUUGGGUUUGGGAAUUUGAGAUAAAGGUCAUCCAGUGGAAGUUUAUGCAUCAACUGCUUGUGCCAAGGCCCGUGUGCAAGGAGGAUCUGGUACAUGUAUUGCAGACACUCCAACUACUCGAAAAUUCAUUGUGCUUUCACUUUUUGUGGACGUAAUGGAAUUCUGGAACAUUACUUCAAUUCCAGACUUUAUUUAGAAGUGCUUGGAGAGUGUGGAGCUUUGAGCCUAGGAAAUGGUGUCAUUUUAGGGGCUAGCUUUUUAUUAUUAUUAUUAUUAUUAUUCCAAUGGAUCUAAUUUUGCAGACCAGAAAUCAAUGAAUAGAACCCGUUGUAAUGGGGAACAGCAUUUCCAUUGGAGAGGAAGAGCAGUAAACUCUGUCACCUGGGGAAAGAGCCUCUCCUUAAUUUUUGUUCUUCGUAAGCAUGAUGCAAUCAGUGUUUCCUAAUAUCGGGACAAUCCUCUCGCUUCGAAGUGUUUCUAUGUAAUUGUGUCACAUAAUGAUAAAUUGUAAUAGGCAAUUUGGUUCUGUAAUUCAGUUUGCCAAGCAUGCAAACAUACGAUAACUAGGUUAAAUGCAAAUAAGCAUUACACUAAGGUACAAAAAACAGGGGAGAAAAAAGAUGCUGUGUCCGUAACUUAGAAAGAACAUGAAUUUUAUUCCUCAUGUGCCUCAAAAUGUAGUUUGUUAAAGUUAUUUAUCCUCUCAUUUAAUUUCAUCACAUACUGUUUAUACUAUAAUUAUCUGUGUAUGAACAUACAUGUAUUCUUACUGCAUACAUUGACAGAUCUCUCAUGUGCAAUAAGUAGGCUCCAAACAAGCAUGUUGUCGGAGUGAGUUGAUGUGCUCAUUUUUUACGGUAAUAGACGAUUAUAUAUAAGACACCAUAUCAAAAUGUGCUUUUAAUUUUUCAAAGCCUUUUUGUUAUUGUACAUAAGCUUUUUUCCUUUGGGCCAAUUUUUUCAUUAUUUAGAGAUCUAUUUUUAAUAUAUUCCUUUGAAUAGUGACUGGUAGGUACACUAGAGUCAGAUAUGUAGUUUCAUUAAAUAAACACUACUGGCCUUAAUGAUUUUAAUAUUUUGGGGUGCUUUUUUCAUUUUUGAUGCAGUAUUCUUUUUUUCUAGUACAGUGUAUUGUGGGCCUGGGAGUGAUUCAAUAAAAUUUCUAAAUCUUAAGAUUCCAAGACAAUGCAGUAUUUUCUGUUCAUGCUGUAAAAAGUAUUUCUGUAUUUUAAUAAAGAAUGGAAUUUAUGUGAGACCGUA